CCAUUGGGAUUUAGAGUCGGAAUUGUAUCUGCUGAAGACGGAGAACGAUCUGCUCAAACAGAGGUGCAAGAAAGAGGGCAGGGUUGCGACACUCACUGAAGAAAUGGGCGAGCUGGUGAGAAUGCAAGCUGCGACGAUCUCCCGGCUGGAGGGUGAGCUGAAGAAUACAAGGGAAGAAUGCAGACAGCUGAGACAGCGGGUGCAAGGCAAGUCUCGGAUCGCGAAAGACAGUUCGGUUACACAUGAGAACACGACACCGAAGAAGAAGGGAUCGUCUGGUAGUGGUGUGAGCUCUCUCAUCGAGAAGAACAGCUUCAUCUUCGUGAAUUUGACCUCGCCCAGCUGCUGCAGUCGCUCUAUUGUCGAGACGAUGUUCCUACGUAUUGGAGCGCUGUUUGGCAGUAACUGCUUACACAGGGGAGGACUACGAAGAUCUGCCCAGCAGGAUGUUGAUACUCAAGAGACGAUCCAAAGAGUGCACGAGGAGGGGUCCAUUAACACUGUCUCGUCAGCUUCCCGGCCGUACGACUGGACAGCUCUGCCCGCCUUGUCGGCGAAGGAUUAUCUCUAUCUCUGUGCUUUAAUUGGCGGUCUUGGCUCGAUUACAUCACUGGCUAUACCGUUCCUGUUGAAAGACGUCAUGCACCUUCAUCCAGCGGAGACUGGGACAAGUUUCGUGCCCAUCGCACUGAUAGUAUUGGCAAUCUCCUCUGCUGGUGCGGUAGUUGUCACUGUGAAGGACACGUUGAUGUUGGAGACAAGUAAUCGCGGUGAAGCAGGCGGAGCCGAUUUGAUUUCUGACAUGUCCAUCUUGGCUACCGGAGGGGCCCUCUCGGUUUCCUACCUCUCUGGAGCAUUGCUCCACGUAAUGAGCUGUCAGACUUUGAUACGAUUCUCAGCGACUGGUCCCCUCCUGCUUACGGGAGCGGCAAUGCUCAUGGAAGAGGAAGCAAUGAGUCACUCAAGACCUCCCACUAUACUGCGCAAGUCACUCGUAUUGGAGUCGGUACUCAGCGGUGCUGCUUCCCUCGGUGGACCGCUGAAGCUUCUGGCUGCUACCAUCAUGGUACCCUCCUACAGUACAGCGCUGUUCUAUUACUCAAUGAAGGUGGUAUCAUGGGUGUCCGUGCCCGUAGCGGCUUCGAGCUUGCUCCUCACUCUUCCUGCAUUCGAGGGUCGAUUGGACCCAAUUCGAGUCGCGCUCGCGAGACACGUUCUUAUAGAGAUGGGCUCCGUGCUCACGUAUUUACCGAUAACUACCCAAUUGGCGAAGUCAGCGCCCAAGGAAGGUUCGGGCGUCUAUUUCGCCAUAUUCUCUUCUGGUAUUGAAGCCCUGAACCUCGCAAGCUCUGUUGUUUCAUCUGAGGUCACCAACGUAAGUCUGUACACGCUAUCGGGUAUAGGUCGGAAUGAGUAUAAACAUUGGGAUGAUCGUAAAACUGUGAAGAUGAUGCAUGAGCUAUUACUCACCGAUUACAACUCUGAGCUCGGCGAUGUUAACAAUGAGGUCCUUCUGGCUGCUAAGAUUUGGGCUAAGGAGGCACUGGAUGCUACCCGACAGUUCUUGGAGGAUCAGGCGCCGGAGUGCGAUUGGAAAGGCGACACUCUGUUAUCAUCAUUGGCAGCUCUAGGUUACGAAGAUAACCUCUCGGAUUUUCUCCGCGCUGAGCCCAAGCAUCUACGGAAUGUAAUUAUCGAGGCAACGGACGCAUGA